AUGCAAGACGAUGUUUGGUUCCCGUCAGCACAGGGUCCAACAGAUAAGCCGUUAUUUAUCAAUGAAGAAGCCCUGAUGUUAUUAUCUUCUGAUGACGGUUUAGUUAAACGAGCGGGUAUGACAAAACGGACCAAGAAAAGAUCACAGCAGAUACCACACAGCGGGUACGGGUCAUGUGAUCCCACAUUAAAUGCAUCUUCGACCUCAGUUGACUAUAGAUUUGUGUAUUUUUCUUCAUCCUUACCUUCAGCUAUUCACACCAAAAGCCUCGCAGAUCUUGUACCUACCAUUACUGAGAAUAUCCAACAAUGCUUUUGGAUUGACAUUCGUAACCCUACAGAGUCAGAGAUGAAGCAGUUGCAAUCCAUUUUUUAUAUUCAUCCCUUGACUGCCGAGGAUAUCACGACAGAAGAACCGCGAGAGAAAUGCGAAAUGUUUAACAAUUAUUAUUUUAUUUGUUUUAAAAGUUUUGAUGCAGAUGCAUAUUCACCGACUUAUUUGCAACCAGUUGGAUUAUAUCUAUUAAUAUUUAAAGGAUUUGUUCUUACCUUUCAUUUUGGAUCAUUACCGCACCCUUCCAACGUGAGAAAGCGUAUGCUCCACCUAAAGGAUUCAUUGGUCGUAAAGCCAGAUUGGAUAUGUUAUGGAUUGUUAGAUGACAUCAUUGACACGUUUGCUCCCUUGAUAAGAGCCAUUGAAUUUGAAGUGGACUCUAUUGAUGAGCUAGUAUUAAUACUAAAAGAAUCUGAGCAAUCUGAUAUGCUUAGAAGAAUUGGAUAUUGUCGUAAAAAGAUGAUGAGUUUGUUACGCUUAUUAGUUGCUAAGUCAGAUGUGAUCAAAACCCUUAUCAAGCGAGGCGAGGAAAAGAAUGAUGAUGAAUCGGUCAAAAAUCAUCGACCCAGUGUUAGCAAAGAUGUGAUUAUCUAUUUGGGUGAUAUUCAAGAUCAUAUUGUAGCCAUGUUGCAAUCCUUAAAUCAUUACGAGAAAAUUUCUUCACGAUCUCAUUCUAAUUAUUUGGCUCAAAUAUCGAUAGAAAUGACACAGACGAACAACGAAAUUAACGACGUGUUGUCUAAAUUGACAGCACUUGGCAGUGUUUUGAUUCCAAUGAAUUUAGUAACUGGUCUAUGGGGAAUGAAUGUUCAGGUACCAGGUCAAUUUCAGGAGGAUUUGACUUGGUUUUUUUGUAUUAUGGCAUCUAUCCUUACCUUUUGUAUUAUGUCUGCAUUGAUCAUGAAAAGUUACAAGAUACUUUAA